AGAAGCGUAUCUUACAAUGUCUAUUUCUUCAGAUCUUGAACAAGGAACUCAAGAACGGUAUUAUAUAAAGCUUUUGCCGAGAACCGGUAAGACAACUUUAAGCCAGCUAGCAUCGGAAUCAACGGGUCUAUUACACAUAAAUGUAGGAGAAUUAGUUAAAGAAAAAUCAUUACAUCAAGGUUUUGAUCAUGAAUUUCAAAGCUGGAUUUUAGAUGACGAUAAGCUUGUUGAUGAAUUAGAAGACACAUUAUCAAAUGGUGGAAAUAUAGUGGAUUUUCAUUCUUGCGAAGUAUUUCCCGAGCGUUAUUCACAAAAAAAAAUCACGGAAAAUAUUGAUAGUGAAAUAUUUCAAGUGAUAUUAGAAGAAGCGAGGGAGUCAUAUCUGGCAGAAAUCGUAGUUGAGCUACAAAGUAAUACCAUAGAGGACAUGCAAAGUAAUGUUACAAGAAUUGAAGAGUGGGUAGAAGCUUGGAA